AUGAGAAUUGUACAUUUUUUGAAAAAUGAGGCAAAAAAACUAGGGACAGGAUUAACAGGAAUUGAAACACAUCCUGAUCCACGUCCUGUGCUGUUAGAAACGUAUCAUCAGCUACUUGAGGUCCUAUCACACAUGCCGAAUCAUUCAGUAUAUCGUCAGGCUACAGAGACAUUAACAAAACAGAGACAAGCAACUGUUGAAAAAAAUACACUAAGAGAGGAUAUUGAAAACGGUAUUGCAAGUGGUUUGAUUGAAGAAGUAAUUCUUCAAGCAAAAGAUGAACUAAGAUUGGCAAAAAAAAUGUUAGAAUGGAAACCUUGGGAAGAUUUAGAAGUCCCACCGCCUCCCGGACAAUGGGAGUAUUUUCGAAAAAAAUAG